AUGGAAGAGCUCAAAUUUUGCACAGACCCUUUCUCAUUGGCAAACGGUAGAGCCUCGCUUAUAAAUUCACCUCAAAAAGCCAAUGACAUGUUCAGUAAAGGGCUCAGCAAUCUUCCGAAACUAUUUAAUAGCAAACCAAUUGAUAUUUAUAGUCUUUUUGCCUUAUACUCUGCCUCAAGGAGCUUUAAUGUAAAUAUACCGACAACAAUUAUUAAGACUGAGGAUUUAGAGCAUACUGUCAUGCUUAGGACUAAAACCAAUGGCAUUCUUCAUUGUAGGCCAUGCGGGAUAAAUGAUUUUUUUGCUUUGAGUCAAAAAAAUAAAAAGCAUGAAGCACAAAUUUAUUUGUACAAAUCACUGUAUAGAGAAAGCAUUGUUUUCCAUUCAAAAGAAAGUGCUGAGGCAUUUUGGAAAUCUUCCAAAGAUUCUUCAGCAAUCGUCCAGUAUUAUGUAAAAUGCAUGUCUUCACAAGUAUCUCUUACAAGAGUCUUGUGGAGGUCAGGAAAAACAAAAUAUUUUAAUAUUAUCAGCUGUGAAAAACCUAUAAUUAGAUCUCAAGAUUUUCAAAAGAGAACUACGUGUCCUUCUUCUUCCUUCAAAAGGAAAAAAACACAAUCGAUUGAUUUUCGAUACACUAAUUUAAUUCUCAAAACUUCAAUGUCUAUUAACAACCCAUACAAAAUCAACGCAGCGUCAAAAUCCAGCCUCAAAGAAAGGCCAAAAUUAACAAAUUCGUUUUCAGAAGCAAAUAUGGAUGACCCAAGCUUUAUGAUUAGAAAAACCAGAUCAGACGACCCAUCAAUUUUCGCUUUUAAGGCAAAGCAAAACCAAAAGUACAUUCUUAAUAAAAAUAACCCAGAAAGUUUUAUUGUGGUAGAGAAUAAAAACAAGAUACCUGAAAUAGAAGCAAUGAUAAGCGAAAUCAUUGAUUUUUUGAAUGCUUAUAUUUUUAAAGAAGAAGACUUGAAAGGCGCGAUUUUUGAAUUUGUUUAUGAUCGAGAUAGUAAAUGAGUUUUUCUUACUCCCCCGCCCUCCGUGAGUGAACAAAAAAAAUUUUGUUCACUCACGGAGAGGGGUUAAUUUUUUUUUUUUUAAAAAAUUUAUAUAUAAAUUUUAUAGAAAAAAAAUUUUUUCGAAAUUUAAAAAAAUCCUAAUUUGCAAAAAUUGGGAAGCAAAAUAUUAAUUUAAUUUAUAAAAUUUUAUGUUUUAAAACGCAAUUUGUUUAAAAUUAAACAGAAUUAGCUCGAGAUUUCAUUAUACUAAUUAUCACUUAUAUAUUAAAUUUUUUUCCAUAAAAAAUUUUUUCUAUUAAAAAAAUUUUGUUCACUCACGGAGGGUGGGCUUUUGGGCAAAAAAUGGUGAUUUUUCUAAUGGUUUUGUUCACUCACAGAGGGGGGGGGGAGUUAAUUGCAAAGAAAUCAGCUUAAACAGCAAGCUGCCACCUGAAGUAGAUAAUCUUAAACGAUAUGAAGCUAAUACACAGAAGCGAAGGAGUAAGUCAUUUGUGAUGCUGAAAAGUUAUGAAAAUAAGACAGAUUCGCCAAUGUGUUCUGAUGCAGACUCUAAACAAGCUGCUAUAACUACUGAAGAGCAAGUUAAAUGUCCUUUUAGAAUUAGAACAAGCCCAAAGCAUCAUCAUGCUCAAGGGCAUCGGUCUGAAAAAGAAUUAUUAGAAAGAUGCAAUAAAGUCAACGAGAAAAUCGACCAAAUAGUAAAUUUAAACCCACUAAAUUACUUAAGAGAUGUAGACUUUAAAGAGCAAAGCAUAAAGGCUUAUCAAGCUCGAUUCCAGCUUGAAAGCUACUCGUUUUUUGCAUCUCAAAAUAAAGAAGAAGGAAGCGUGCGAACAACAGAAGCUUCAUCUCCUUCAAAAAUAGAAAAUUGGUCACCUGCUAAAACAGAGCCUAUUACAAAUGCAGUUUUUACUGAUAAAAUGCUUGACCAUACUCGAAAAUUCAUAUCAGAAGGGAUCAACCACUUAGAUGAGAUGAGGAUGAAUACAGAGCUUUUAAAAAUAAAGAGGCAUAAUAUUGUUGGAAAAUAUGGAGGAGAUGAAUUCUGAAGCAUGUUUAUAGAUUCUCUUUAUCAAAAAAUCUUGAGCUUUGAGUCAUUGAAAGCUUAUUUUAAAACUUCGUGCGUGAAAAUGAUAGCAGAUGGGAUGUUUAAGAUUUUUAAUGGAUGUGCCACACUUGAAUUUCGGAGAAAUGUGAGAUCUGCUCACAAUUCUUUAGGAAUAAGUGAGAGCAAUUUUUCACUGUAUAUUAAAUUGUUUGAGGAUACUCUGAUUGAGUUUAAUGUAGAGGAAGAAGAUAAGCAGAUGAUAAUGUCGCAAAUCAAGUCAAUGAAAUGUUUAAUUUGCAGACAAACAGUGCUUUAA